UGCAGAAUCAUGUGCAAGGGCCUGUCCUUCGGGAGAUCAAUUCUCUCUCCCGCGCCCCAUCAGGCUGCUAUGGCAGCAGCUUAUGUGCAAUGCCGGACAGCAAUUGCAGAGAAGUCCUUGGUAGCAAUUGUAUGGGAGUGGUCGAGUUAGAAAUUAUGUCAGCCCAGAUGCAGCCUGAAAGGGGCUGAGUAUGGAUCAGGAGUGUUCACGAAAGUAGGUGUGAAUGAUCAGCAGCAGGGUACAUUACAUCAUGAUUCUUGAACUCAAAAACCCCAAAGAAGAGCUGCCGCGAUGGCUUCCCGCUCAGUAGCAAGCAGUGCGCCCACAGUCCCAAGGGGAUCUUUCGGUUUUGGCGUCAAUCUUGAAGGGCGUACUUUGAGUAGUCAUAAAGUGAGCGCAACUAGAAUCCGUCCUGUAACACCACCAUCAACAUCAUAUAGAAGCAGAACGCAGUCUUGUCUUGCUUGCACUUCCCCGAGAAACUUUUCCGCAAAUCAGUCUUUAUCGAAGCCGAUCGAACAGCAGCAUUCUCUUCGCAAUAUUCUGACCCAUGGGAGGGUUGUGGUCAGGCAAAAGUCUUCGGCGCACAACCAGCGGCGACGCAAUGGAAGGAGGGACCAGAUCAAUUGUCGAUUGCAUUCAGAACUAGAAAAGCUAGUGAACAUCAUUGUGCCGGGGCUGAAUGGCUCACCCGAUGUGGCCGCCUUUGCAGCUCGGCCAGCACAUGCCCGGCCUGGAAAGCUACCUGUUGUAAUCAUGAUUCACGAGUUUUACGGUUUGACUGAGGACAUGGUUGGGAAGGCGCAGGCACUUGCAGAAGAGCUGGGGGCUCUUGUCAUUGCUCCAGACACCUACCGGGGGGACUGGACAAAGUUCAUUCCAAAGGCAAUCUUCCUUGCAUUAUCCACUCCUCAGGAGCGAGUAAACGACGACCUUGACUCGGUUGUUGCGUGGGCAAGCCAACAACCGGAUGCAGACAUCACUCGGCUGGUGGUGAUGGGCUUUUGCUAUGGCGGCGGGAAGGCCAUCCGAUACAGUGCCACUCGCAGGAACCCUGCUGCCACCGUCGUCUUCUAUGGCAGCCCGUUGACGGACGUCGAUGUGUUGGCCCGCCUGAAGGGCCCCGUGCUGCUUAUCUACGGAGACAGAGACGCCCAAUUCCCUCCUGCGAAGGUGCACGCUUUUCGGGACGCCUUGGUCAAGGCCGGUAUCGACGUCAAGCAGAGCAUGUUUCCGGGACAGGGCCACGCCUUCUUUCGAAACAUGGCGCAGGUGGAGGCGGGUAGUGGACCCCAGCGUCAAGCUUGGAGUGAGCUUCUAGCAUUUCUAAGGGAGAGACUCUUCUAGGUACCCAUCUAUUCCGUAACUUCGGCGGUCAGCUUGACGCGGCCUUGAAGCUCUUCCUGGCAUUGCAAUCUUGGGUACUGCACACGGCAAGAUGGUGACCGAUUGUAGGCGAGUAUUGUGACAGGAUCCUCUUAGAAGCCCGUCGUAGCUGAUUCGCAUGGUGACUCACAGUCGUAGGCUCUUUAGAAUCCACCAACGAUCCUCGAAUACCAUGUUUCGUGCAAAAGCUGUUGCCAAACCUUGCACCUUGUGAGUGACCCUGCAACUGUUUGAAUUACAAUUCUCCAAUUCGGAAGAUUUUUGUCAAUCGACUUGAUCAUGGAUAAUCCACAU